UUGUUUUCGUUUUGCAGUUUUGCAAUUUUGCAGCAAGCUUUUCGUAUUUUUUCAAUGAGUAGUUGGAAAUUAAUCUUACUUUAAUCCUAAAUUCCCCUUUUCAAGCUACAUUUGACUAAUACAACUCGAGUGUUUUGUGUGAGCAAUAUAAUAACCAUAAACAUGGCUAUGACUUCCUCGCAAGUGAAACGGGAACAACAAAACAGCAUGACUCUGACUGCAGCAGCCGCCGGUCCUGGUACUGGCACUGGUUGGCCAAGGAGAAAUAGUCAAAAUUCAGUACCAGCAACUCCAGCACCUGCUACUCCAAUAUAUCCAUCAGCAGCUCUAAAUCGAAUAAUCAACUUGUAUCCUCUAACAAAUUAUAUUUUUGGUACAAAAGAACCUCUAUUUGAAAAAGAUCCAAGUGUUCCUGCAAGGUUUCAAAGAAUGCGUGACGAGUUUGAGAAAAUAGGUAUGAGACGCAGUGUGGAAGGAAUUCUGUUGGUACAUGAACAUGGACUACCCCAUGUCUUGCUCUUACAGUUGGGAACAACAUUCUUCAAAUUGCCUGGGGGUGAGUUGAAUCCUGGUGAGGAUGAAGUUGAUGGUCUGAAAAGACUUCUCACAGAGACUCUGGGUCGUCUGGAUGGUGUCAAACAAGACUGGGUUGUUGAAGAUAUAAUUGGUAACUGGUGGCGUCCCAAUUUUGAACCACCCCAGUACCCAUACAUUCCAUCACACAUUACAAAGCCCAAGGAGCACAAAAGAUUGUUCUUGGUACAACUUCAAGAAAAAGCACUAUUUGCUGUUCCCAAGAAUUAUAAGUUGGUUGCAGCACCUUUAUUUGAAUUGUAUGACAAUGCACAGGGAUAUGGGCCAAUCAUUUCAUCACUUGCCCAAGCAUUAUGCAGAUUUCAAUUUAUUUAUAUGUAAAAUGUUUGUGAAUAUAAUAAGUUGGUGUGCAUUGUGAACUGGAUACUUUAUUUCUGUAAAGCAUAGGGUUACCAUUGCUACUUUCAUUUUUAUGUAUCCUUUACAUUAAUUGAUUAAAAUAUUUGCUGAAUGUGUUGAUUGUGAUUCAAAGUAUGGAUAUUUUGCAAAACUAUGAGUUACUGAAGUAAAAUAAACUGUUUAGGAAUGGUAGCCUCGGAUCUGGAUAUUUUUUACCUUUUUUGUGACAUAUUUGAUUCAAUUAAAUGAAGGAUUGAAGAGCCAAUUGGUAUUAUGUGGUAUUACUGAUGGAAACCAUCAAUGCUACAUGCAAACAAAAUCAUGGAUAAGUUUUGGUAUUACCCUGGGAUGAUAAUGAUUAUUAUUCUAAAAUAUCAAAUAAAAAUAAAGAUGAAGCAUUGUUCCCACAAUUUUUUCAUCACUGAUGAUUUCAACAUAUUUUUUUUUAUAAAAAAUGUUUGUUUCUUUAUUAUUACUCUACAUGUUUUACAUGGAACUAAUAAACCUAUAGGUAUAUCAACAAUUGAAGAUAAUGUAUUAUUUUAGGAUUUUUGUACAAUAAAUUAAUUGAACUGAAUUGUUUUCUAGAAGUCCAUGUAAUAAACAUUUAUGGUUAUUGCCUCAAAUAUUCCUCAUUCAAUUAUAUUGGAAAAAUAAACAAUUUUUCU